CUUCCCUUUGUCCUUUCGGGACCUCAAGAGAGGGCAGCAGCAGCUCGUCCCUCUCCCCUCUCCUCUCCACCCAAAAGCCCCCACCUUUCCCUUCCCUUCUCCUCCUGCGCCUCCUCCUCCUCCGGCCAGCUUCAUCCCCCCCUCACCUCAAUUCGGUGCUCUCCCGCGGCGCGAUCGAUCGAAUCUGCACGGAUUCGGUGUCGAUUCCACGCGGCCGCAGGGGGAGCCCCCGGCGAUUUUUGUUUCAGAGCUUUUUCUUCUUGCUGUUCUUUCUUCUUCUUCCCCAAAUCUUUCUGCCUGGUUCUGGUUUCUUGGGGUUUCUUGGGAAAUUCGAGCCCCGAGCGCCGGCACGCCGGCGCGGCGGGAUCCUUCCUCCGCGGUUUGGGCGCGUUCUCCGGCCGAUUUUGGAAUUCCGUGGUUCGGUAGGUGCGGCUGUGUGAGCUGAAAAGGUCGUCGCUUUUUUUUUCUGGUCUAGGUUCUUCAGGGUGCCCUCCCUGAUCUGCGUGUGCUCUCUUCCCCUGCCUCGAUUGCUUCUUGUGAUUUUUGUUUUCUGAUUUGCUCUUGCGUUUUAGUCAGAGGGGAAUUCCUGUUUCUGUCUAUUUCCACGUCGAUUUGGUGCAGGAAAGCUAGAGUAUUUACUCUUCUUUGUUCCCCCAAAAUUGUUCUGCGAUUUGUCCUUGUCUAGAUCUCGUUUUCUUCUUUGAUUUCGGGUCUACAGCCUGCACCGAUUCCAGAGAGAGAGAGAGAGAGAGCAAGAACAAAAAAAAGCCGUUGAUUUCCCAUUUCUGAGCCGAAUAUUUACAGCAAGAAACAUCAUUUCUCGCUGUUCCUACGCCCAAUUCGUCCUGAUCUGGUUGUUCAACCUUGGGAUUCGCCUCUGCUUCCUUGAUUUGUUCGCCGGCAUUGAAUCCGAUGGCGCAGGAGAGCUGUGAUCUCAACAAGGACGAGGCUGAGAUCUUGAAGCCGUCGUCGUCGUCGUCGCCUUCUCCUUCCCCGACCACGGCCUCCCCGUCGCCACCAACAGCACAAAUGCCGGAGCCGCCACCUCCACAAUCGACGCCACCGGCACCACCUGCAGCGGCGGCAGCUCCUCAGUUCUUGCCCAAGACCUGUGAAGGCAUUCACAUAGAGGCUUCCAAGAAGAGGAAGCUCGCCGAAGCCGCCGCCACCGAUGCUGCGGCCGCGGUGGUGGUGGUGGCCGAGCCAUUGUCUCCGGUGCUGUUUGUUAAUCGGUGCAACGUGUGCCGCAAGAGGGUUGGUUUGACCGGCUUCCGGUGCCGCUGCGGGGAGCUCUUCUGCCCUCGCCACCGGCAUUCUGAGACCCAUGAAUGCUCGUUUGAUUAUAAAACUGCCGGCAGGGAGGAGAUUGCCCGAGCAAAUCCUGUGAUCAGGGCUGCCAAGAUCAUUAAGAUCUGAGGUUGUAUGAUCUAUGAACUAUAUGGAAGACUAAACCUGGAGAUGUUGCAAGUGAAUCAUGCUGUAAUUACAUGGGCUAUCCAAGAGCAUGAUAUCUGCAUAUUUGUGAAGUAACUCCCAUACAGCCGACGUCAUAGUAGCAUAGAAGUCUACAUCAACCGAAAAAAAAAAAAUCUAUGGGUCGGCUGUUGUGGGAGAAUGCUUCACUCUUGUUCAUCGUCCGUCUUCUUCUUAUAGCACACGGAUGAUAGCAAGUGUACUGUCCAGUCAUAAUUUUAUUGGAUCCAACAAUUUAUUGUAGUAUAUUGUAAUCUUUUUCUUUUGAGUCCUGUUCGGUUUUCGUUCAACACAAUUGUGUGUUACUGAAAGCAUGUGUGAUGUUUGAAAUUUCAGUUCAUGGUGGAGAUAAUCACCUCCUACCCUGUUGCUAUUGCGAUCUGUCUGGCUGGCAAAUAAUUAAUUUGUCAUGCCACAAAAUAUUUACAUGAUGUUUCUGUGGAA